GAAAGGGCUAAUGUACCCGAGGCUGCUGCUACGCCCAUGGAGAAGUUCAUCCAAAAAAUAGAAAGUGAGAAGCCAGUCAGAUACACCGUAGAGGACCUGAAGAAAUUUACAGAAAAUCACAAAACCAGGCUAGGUGCUGGAGGUUUCGGGGAAGUCUACAUGGGAAAGUUUCCAAAUGGAGUAAGAAUUGCAGUAAAGUUUUUCAAAAAGAGAGUAGACAAGAGAGACGAAGAGCAGUUUAUGGCAGAAGUGGGCACAAUUGGAAGAACUUACCAUAUAAAUCUCGUCAGGCUUUUUGGAUUCUGCCAUGACAGAAACAUGAGCGCACUUGUGUAUGAAUACAUGGCAAAAGGAUCCCUUGACAAGUACUUGUUCAGAGAAAGUAAAGCAAAAGCCAUCAAAUGGGAGAAGCUUCAUGAAAUCGCAGUGGGCACAGCAAAAGGCUUAGCAUAUUUGCAUGAGGAAUGCCAGAAAAGAAUCAUUCAUUAUGACAUAAAGCCUGAAAAUAUUCUCCUCGAUGAAAACUUCAUCCCCAAAGUGGGAGAUUUCGGGCUUGCAAAGCUGUGCAACAGAGAGAGCACUCAUGUAACACUGGCAGAGAAAUUGUGGGGAACUCGUGGCUACUCAGCACCAGAAAUCUACUACAAGAAUCAUCCAGUAACAUACAAAUGCGAUGUGUAUAGCUUUGGGAUGGUGCUGUUUGAGAUCAUUAGCAGGAGAAGGAAUACAAUUGUUCAUUCUUCUCGGGACAGCAUUGAUUUUUUUCCUCAACGUGUAUGGGAGGAAUAUGAGAAAGGUAAACUGGGUUCAAUGGCGUUGGCCUGUGGGAUUGAAAGGAGACAGCAGGAGAAAGUAGAGAGGAUGUGUAUGGUGGCAUUGUGGUGUGUGCAAGACUUGCCUGAGGCGAGGCCACAGAUGAGCGAUGUGGUGAAGAUAUUGGAGGGAGGAAUGGAGAUUUUGCCACCUGCAGAAAAACCAUUUCAAUAUUUGUUCCCAGCUGCAAGGACGGCUGUGCUUAAUCCAAUACCAGAGAGUAGUAGCGAUGGAGGCACAAGGGAAGAAAGUCAGCCUCGCCGGUACAAGGAGCGCACCACUCCGAUCAUGGCCAAGUAUGAAAUAGAGAUGGCUACUUCCCAACAAUAA